UGACUGAGCUCACGUCAUUCUCUUGUGAGCUAACUUGGCAUGCUUAAUUUCACUAGAAUCUGUCACAAUAUGUUGUCGAUAAAAGGUUAUUCCUCCAAGAUGUUUUUCAGUGAUGUGUUUUUAUUCAAUAUACCGAAUGAAGAAGAGCAUCGUCAGAUAAAAUUUUACCGGAGGAGCCUUAGGGAUUCGUCAAACCCGUUGGAGUUGCCUGAGGAAUUAUUUUUAAGACGUUAUAGAGUAAAUAAAGAAGUGUUUGUAUAUCUCCAUACUCAGCUCCAUUUGCCUAAUGGAGCUAGAUGUACUUUUAUUCCUCCCAUCCUACAAUUGGCAACGACAUUACAACUACUGGGCGGUGGAUCAUACCAGUGGCAAGUUGGAGUAGAUUUUGUCGCUCCAAUGAGUCAAAGUACCGUACAUUAUGUUACUACAUCUGUUAUUAAAGAAAUGGAGAGCGCAUUUUGCAAGAAAUGGAUUCGAUUUAAAAUUUCGAACGUAACUAAGCAAUUUUUUUAUGCGAAAUAUCGUAUACCAAGCGUUAUCGGUUGUAUUGACGGUACACACAUUAUGAUGCUACGCCCCCAACAAAACGAGCAUAUGUUUUUCAAUCGCAAGGGAAAGCAUAGCAUAAAUGCUAUGAUUAUUUGUAAUGAAACGCUGGAAAUUAUGUCUGUGAACGCUAAAUAUGGAGGCUGUGCUCAUGACAGUUUUGUUUGGCAACAGAGUAAGGAGCGUGCUAUGUUGGAAACUGAAUACGAUAAAGGAAUGCGAAAUUUUUGGCUUCUAGGAGAUAGUGGAUAUAAGCUGGAAAAUUAUUUACUUACGCCGUACCGGGUGUCUGAAGAAAACUCACCUGAACACGAAUUUAACAAAACGCAUUCGAAAGCUAGAAGCAUCGUUGAACGAAGCAUUGGUGUCUGGAAAAGUCGAUGGCGUAUUGUACUGGAAGAAAGAAAAUGCCGCUAUACACCCCAGAAGUUAGCAACAAUUAUAUACGUGACAGCAGCUCUGCACAACAUAUGUUGCCAUUAUCGCGUUGCUUUGCCAGAAAGAAUAACCGAAAAUACGGAGGAACGGUGGAAUAAUAUUCCCAUAACGCAGAACGCAGAAUCUCAGACCGCGACAUCGAUUAGAGAUCGAAUUAGAGAUGGAUUGCUAGGGUUAAACUAGAUAAAUUAGACCUUUUUUUGUCUAUUUAAGCAUCAUCGUUGGUACAUUCGUUGGCUAUUCUGGAUAAUAAAAUUACCAUGUAAGCAGUGUUUAAAAUUUGUUUAAAGAUUGAGUUCAAAUAUGUAUUAACCAUAGUCGACUACACCAACGUUCGAGAGGCAGCAUCACAGACAAACAAACAUAACACUGAGGAAAAUCUUUAAAAAACUAUCGAUCCGCCAAUUUAGUUAAUACACUGCUCCACCUUUUAUACACGAAACACUCAUUUGCAAGAGUCUUAUUCCUCAUGCUCGGGAACAAUUUUUCACUAGUGGCCUACUUACGUAUAUGUCUCGUGUAUGCGACCACAGUACCAGCUAAAAAUUUAUCGAUAAUGGCCAUUAGAGCAGACGAAAAAUUAUCUUCGAGUGUUAUAUCUGUUAGUCUGUGACAGUAUGACGACAAGUUUGAGUCAAGAGUUCCGAUAUUAUUUUUGCGUCAUAAAAUCCGAAAAUGAUACUGCAUAAUAACGUCGUGCAGCACAAUAACCGUAAUGUACCCUCUUUGGACCUCACGUUAACACCACAGUUCUUAUAUGUUAUAAUAUCUGCGACUGAGUGCUCAAUUCAUCACGGAGUUUUUGUCACAUCUCUGUGAGUAGUACAUCAUUCGGAUGU